CACGUACACAAGCUAGCUGAAGUAGUCAGUUCUCACCACAUAGAAAAUGGCGACCCCACUCACCUCGCUGCUCCUCUCCCUACCCCAACAAUGGCAGCCCGUCCUCUUAGCACUUUUCUCCAUCCUUUCCCUCCUGCUGUGGAGAAGGAGCUCGUCCAGGAAACGGCUCAAGCUGCCACCAGGCCCUGCGAGGGUGCCUCUCCUUGGCAACCUGCACCAGCUCGGCCCCAUGCCGCACCGGACCCUGCGAGACCUGGCGCGGGUCCAUGGGCCGGUGAUGCAGCUGCAGCUCGGCAAGGCGCCGACUGUGGUGCUGUCGUCGGCGGAGGCGGCAUGGGAGGCGCUCAAGGCUCAUGACCUCGACUGCUGCACGCGGCCCGUGUCCGCGGGCACAAAGCGGCUGACCUACGACCUCAAGAACGUGGCGUUCGCGCCCUAUGGCGCGUACUGGCGGGAGGUGCGCAAGCUCCUCACGGUCGAGCUUCUCAGCACGCGCCGCGUCAAGGCGGCUUGGUACGCACGCCAUGAGCAGGUGGAGAAACUGAUGAGCACGCUGAGCCAUGCAGAAGCAAAGCCAGUGGCACUGGACGAGCACAUCUUGAGCCUCUCCGAUGGUAUCAUCGGCACGGUAGCGUUUGGCAACAUCUAUGGCAGUGAUAAGUUCUCCCAAAAUAAUAGUUUCCAGGAUGCGCUCGACGAUGUAAUGGAGAUGCUAUCCAGCUCCGGCUCCUCCGCCGAGGACUUGCUCCCUGGAGUCGUCGGCCGCCUUGUUGACCACCUUACCGGCUUCAUAGCCCGCCGCGAGCGAAUAUUCAAACAAUUAGACUCCUUCUUUGAGACGGUCAUUGAGCAUCACUUGGACCCUAAGCGUGUGUUACCUGAGAAUGGCGGCGACCUCAUUGAUGUCCUCAUCGACCUCUGGAAGAAACCACGUGGCACAUUUAGGUUCACCAAGGACCACGUCAAGGCCGUAAUCUUUUCGACGUUCGUUGCUGGCAUUGACACUAGUGCAGCAACGAUUAUGUGGGCGAUGUCGGAGCUGGUCCGGAAGCCGCGCGUGCUCAAGAAGGUGCAGGACCAUAUUAGGGCCUUGGUGGGAGGCAACAAGAGAGUGAAACCAGAAGACAUGCCCAAACUCAGCUACCUCAGGAUGGUGGUGAAGGAGACCUUGCGGUUGCACCCGGCAGCACCGCUUCUACUGCCAAGGGAGACCAUGCGAGACAUCAAGAUCGGUGGGUAUGAUGUGCCGGCCAAGACACGGAUCUAUGUGAAUGCAUGGGCGAUCGGCAGAGACCCGAUAAGCUGGUCUAACGACCCAGAUGAGUUCAACCCUGAUAGGUUUGAAGUAAAUGAUAUAGACUUCAAAGGCGAGCAUCCAGAGCUAACGCCGUUUGGCGCGGGACGGCGGAUAUGCCCAGGCAUCUCCAUGGCCAUGGCCACCAUCGAGUUUACACUCGCCAAUCUGCUCUUCAGUUUUGAGUGGGCGCUCCCGGAGGGGACGACAAUGGAUGAUGUGAACAUGGAGGAAGAAGGAAGGCUCAUCUUGCACCGAAAGGAGCCACUCGUACUCGUUCCCGCCGCGUACCACCACGACCUUGAAUAGAGUGCCACCACCAUGCCUUAUGCGACCUAAUAAAGAAGGAAACAUCCUGGACU